AGAGCCCUGGAACGCUCAGGAUGUGAAUGGCUCGCACAUGGCAGGAUAACCUUGCUGACAAAUGAAUGGCUGAGACCCUGUGCUCCUUUCUGGGCUCUUAUCCGCUGUGCCGUGCUGUACAAAUCAUGUGUUUACUUUCUUGGUCUCCUCCAGCAGUCUCUUGAAGCCAGUCUUGAGCUCCUACGUGUGGGUGAGCAUGCUCUUCUAGAAGCUGCUGAUAUAAAUGUAAAUAUUUGAAGCAUGUACAAUGUGAUGCUUUGAAGCGUACAUGCACUGCAGGACACCUGAAGACAGCUCAUGUAUUACCUACAUAAUUGAAAUUGGUAGAUUUCCAAUGAUUAGAAGGAUUGCUUCAUCCUGAGACUCAUUGGCUCGUUCCUCGUGAAGCCCGUCCUCACCUCGCUGUUUGUUGAGCCGUACCACACAGAAAACGUCUCAAUCAGAGCUGAGAGUCUGACAGUCCCGGUGCUCAGACUGCAGGGGAGACAUGGGCUGCAAUCGGAACUGCGGGCUCAUCACCGGGGCGGUGAUCGGCGCGGUGCUGGCUGUGCUGGGCGGGGUCCUCAUGCCAGUGGGAGACCUCAUGGUGGAGAACACCAUCAAGAAGGAAGUCGUCCUGGAAGAAGGUACAAUUGCUUUUAAAAAUUGGGUCAAAACAGGCACGGAUGUUUACAGACAGUUCUGGAUCUUCGAUGUGCAGAACCCAGAGGAAGUGAUGCUGAACAGCAGCAACAUAAAGGUUAAGCAGAGAGGGCCUUACACGUACCGAGUUCGCUAUCUGGCCAAGAAGAACGUGACACAGGACACUAACGACCAAACGAUCUCUUUCGUGCAGCCCAACGAGGCCAUCUUCGUGCCUUCCAUGUCCGUGGGGACAGAGAAUGACACCUUCACAGUCCUCAACCUGGCCGUGGCAGCUGCCCCUCACUUGUACCCCAACAACUUCGUUCAACAAAUACUCAAUUCGCUCAUCAAAAAGUCCAAGUCUUCUAUGUUCCAAAACAGAACUCUGAAAGAGCUGCUGUGGGGCUACAAGGAUCCAUUCCUGAGCUUGGUUCCGUACCCCGUUACCACCACGAUCGGCGUGUUUUACCCAUACAACAACACUGCAGAUGGAGUUUAUAAAGUUUUCACUGGAAAAUAUAACAUAAGCAAAGUGGGCAUAAUUGAGAAGUACAAAGACAAAACGAAUCUCUCCUAUUGGCCAGGCUACUGUGACAUGAUUAAUGGUACAGACGCAGCCUCCUUUCCGCCCUUCGUGGAGAAAUCUCGGAUUCUGCGAUUCUUCUCCUCUGACAUUUGCAGGUCAAUUUAUGCUAUAUUUGGAUCUGAAGUUAACCUGAAAGGAAUCCCUGUGUACAGAUUUGUUCUUCCGGCAAAGGCAUUUGCAUCUCCAUUUGAAAAUCCAGAAAAUGAAUGUUUCUGUACAGAAAAAGUUAUCUCAAACAACUGCACAUCGUACGGUGUGCUAGACAUCGGCAAAUGCAAGGAAGGGAAACCUGUGUACAUUUCACUGCCUCACUUUCUACACGCCAGCCCUGAUAUCUCAGGACCGAUUGAAGGCUUACAUCCUAACGAAGAAGAGCACAGGACGUACUUGGAUGUGGAGCCUAUAACUGGAUUCACUUUACAAUUUGCAAAACGGCUUCAGGUCAACAUACUGGUCAAGCCAGCAAAAAAAAUUGACGCCUUAAAGCACCUGAACAGGCAUUACAUUGUGCCCAUCCUCUGGCUCAAUGAGACUGGUACUAUUGGCGAUGAGAAAGCACAAAUGUUCCGGAAGCAAGUGACUGGGAAAAUAAAACUGCUUGGUGUGGUGGAAAUCUUCUUGCUCAGUUUGGGGGCGGUGAUGUUUGUCGCCUUUAUGAUCUCUUACUGUGCGUGCAGAACUCAGAGAGUGAGAUGAGUGUUCAACAAGUCUACAUCUAUAUACCAGCUCUAAAAGACCUUUGGUAGUAUUGAUCUACAACAUGGAGAUUAAAUAUGCUUUAUUUUUACAAAAUACAUCCUGUCUUUUAGUUAAAGAAAUGGUGGCACUCUCUCUGUCUCCCUCUCUCUCUAUUUUGACUAAGCUGUGGCACAUUUUAAGAAGAUUAUGAUGUCCUUAAAAUCUAUACUUUGGACAGAAACCAGUACUCUUCCAAAGUUGAGUUGCUUUCAGUUCCUAGCUUGAACCAGUUGUUUUCUGUGGUUCUGAUUCGUGGAUUUGCUCCGUGGUGGCGAACUCAGCAGAGGAGUGAACAUUCUGGAAAAAUACUGAGUCUCCAACUUCUGCUUCCCUGGUCAAAGGGCAACCAUGUUGCACUUGUACUGUCCCUGUUCAGUCCCAACGGAGACCCCACGACCAGCACUACAUUACCUGCAUGAGUACCAGGUACUGAGAGAUGGUUAAUAACAGAAGAUACGUGAUGGCUGGGAGUCACUCGUGAUGCACUGUUUCAGCGUCUUUCUCAACUGAACCCUUCAUACAGCAACGGGAGAUAACGUGACCAUUGUGGACAUCGUGACAGUGGCCCUAUAUUUCUUGUCAGUCAUGCAAAUGUACAACGUCUUUAGUUAGAUUCAGCUCUUCAUGUUGUAAAGACUUUCCUACUUUCCAUGUUGGUUUUAGAUCUUCUGGAAGCCUGAGUAGCUGUUGGUUUUUCUACUCAGAUGCAACUUACACCUGGCAACCUCAGAAUUCUGUUCUAGUAUUCAGAGAUUUAAAUGUCGAUAAAGGAAUUAUCAUAUGGGAUAUCACAAAGUAUAGGAUGUGCAUCAACAUGUAUGUGUUGUAAUACUUGUUUUGUAGUCACGUCAGAAGGACUGGUUUCAGCCAUUAAAAGGUUGCUUCCUGAAAUGUGAA